GUUCUCUACCUGUUCUCACUUUCAAGUCAUCAUCGUCUAUCUCUCUAUUGCUUUGCUCUCUCUCUCUCUCUCUUUUUUGUUUAUGUGACUUUCAGAUCCGCCGAGUCUUCUUUUUGUGGAAUCUUUUCAAGGGAGCUGAGUAUUUUCAAUCAAAAUACAAACCUCUCUAUUGAUCCGAUUUCACAAACCCUAGCUUCGGCGAUCUUAAAAAUCUGCAUCAAAUCCAUGGCGUCUUCACCUGGUAAUACCAAUCCUCCUCCUCCUCCUCCUCCUCCUUUUGAUCUUGGUACUCUCUUCAAACCUUCAUCCAAUCCUUAUCCGGCCCCGCCGGCUUCUUAUCCUCCGCCCACAGGUCCUUUUCUUCACAACCAGUACGAUCAGCAGCACUACGCUCCGCCUCCUAUCUCCGCUCAACCAUCGCCGGUCACUCAAGAUGUGUCUUCCUCUUCCUCCGCGACUAAUUUGCAUCCACAGAGAACGCUUUCUUAUCCCACGCCACCUCUCAAUCUCCAGUCUCCCCGUUCCAAUCACAAUCCCGGUUCCCACAUCCUCGCUCUCCUCAACAAUAACAACAACGGAGGCGCCGUGCCUAACCAAGACCCUUCGCAUCAGCUUCCGGUAGUGAAUCACAACGAGAUCGCUCGGUCUUUUCCCGGUGGUGGUUCGGGUCCUAUUCGUAUCCCGAGCUGUAAGCUUCCAAAAGGAAGGCGAUUGAUUGGUGAACACGCGGUCUACGAUGUGGAUGUGAGAUUACAAGGGGAGAUUCAGCCGCAGCUCGAGGUGACUCCGAUUACCAAAUACGGCUCAGAUCCUCAGCUCGUAGUGGGCCGGCAAAUCGCCGUGAAUAAGGACUAUAUAUGCUACGGCUUGAAAGGAGGAAACAUUAGGGUUCUCAAUAUAAACACUGCAUUAAGGUCUCUGUUCCGGGGCCAUUCUCAGAGAGUGACGGACAUGGCUUUCUUUGCCGAGGAUGUUCAUAUGUUGGCCAGUGUUAGUCUAGACGGAAAAGUUUUCGUGUGGAAAAUCUCUGAAGGAUCUGAGGGAGAUGAUCAACCCCAGAUAACUGGGAAGAUAGUUUGUGCUCUUCAGAUACUAGGAGAGCAAGACACCAAACAUCCACGUGUUUGUUGGCACUGCCACAAACAGGAAAUUUUGGUAGUUUCUAUUGGUAAACAUGUGCUUCGUAUUGAUACUACCAAAGUUGGCAGAGGUGAAGUAUUCUCUGCUGAGGCACCUCUCCAGUGUCCCCUUGAUAAGCUGAUUGAUGGUGUUCAGAUUGUUGGCAAGCAUGAUGGGGAAGUUACAGAUUUGUCAAUGUGCCAAUGGAUGACCACGCGCCUGGUUUCUUCUUCUGUUGAUGGCACGAUUAAGAUAUGGCAAGAUCGUAAAGCACAACCGCUUGUAGUUUUGAGGCCUCAUGAUGGACAUCCAGUCAGUUCAGCGACGUUCGUUACAUCUCCUGAGAGACCUGAUCACAUCAUACUUAUCACAGGGGGACCUCUAAAUCGAGAAAUGAAAAUAUGGGUCUCUGCUGGGGAAGAAGGGUGGCUUCUACCAGCUGAUGCUGAAUCAUGGAGGUGUACCCAGACACUUGACUUGAAAAGUUCAACUGAGCCACGAGCUGAAGAGGCAUUUUUUAACCAAGUCAUAGCAUUAUCUGAAGCAGGAUUGCUUUUACUUGCAAACGCAAAAAGGAACGCCUUAUAUGCUGUGCAUUUGGACUAUGGUUCUUCUCCAGUUGAUUCGCGGAUGGAUUACCUGUCAGAAUUUACAGUCACUAUGCCCAUAUUGAGUUUUAUUGGAACAAAUGAUCCUCCAGAAGAGCCUAUUGUUAAGGUUUAUUGUGUUCAGACUCUAGCAAUCCAGCAGUAUACAUUAGACUUAAGCUUGUGCUUGCCACCUCCUACAGAGAAUGUGGGUUUUGAGAAGUCAGAUUCUAGUGUGUCACGGGAAGCAAAUCUUGUUGAAAGUAUGUUUGAACCAUCUGGACUGAAACCUACCAAAUUACAAUCAGUUAAUUCAGUGCCAAAACCUUCUAUUAUAGUGAAUAGAUCGGAAAGUGCUAAUAAGUUGAGUUUUCCAUCAUCAGAAGCCACAGCACAAGCAAUUGUUCCACCCAACGGUGAACCUAAAACUUCUGGCCUGCCAUCUGAGACAAGUGGUGCAGGUUCUGCGUAUGCUAUGUCACCCCAACUUCCUGUAAGUCCCAGACUAUCAAGAAAACUUUCUGGCUACAACACUCCUGUAGAUGCUGUUGAGCCAGUUAUACCUCAUCAUGAGCUUGGUGGCAGAGCACCUUCUGCUGACUAUUCUGUUGAUAGGCAAAUGGAUGCUGUUGGAGAAAGAAAUAUGGAUGUGUCAUCCGUAGAAGAAAACUCAAGAAGCAAGGACUCAAAUGUUAAGCCUGAUGAUGAUGUGUCUGGGAUGCGAAGCCCAUCAGCUUUUUUCAAACACCCCACUCAUCUUGUAACUCCUUCAGAGAUAUUGAUGGGCGUUUCGUCCGCUGAAGCCUCCACCACUACUGAAGACAAGAGAGAUAGAGAUACAAAUAUUCAGGACGUGAAUAAUGAUGCAAGAGGCGCAGAAGUUGAGGUGAAAGAAGUAAGUGAAGCAAGGUCGACACAGAAUGGUGAAAGCAAUAAUCAUGAAGAAACUGCGAAUCGCAUUUCAGAAAAUUUAGAAAAAGUCUUCUGCUCACAGGCUUCAAAUCUCAGCACCCAGAUGGAAAGAGACUGUUAUCCUAGUACAGAGGGGACUUUCAUUCCAGGGGAAUCUAAGGCUUAUGGACAACCUUUACAAGCUGGAGAUGAAAGUGGUCUUGACUCGAGAGGUGGGUCUCCAAAGCUUCCUGAGUCGGGUUCAUCCAGUGGGCUUCCACAGUCGUCAGCUACAAAUAGCAAAGGGAAGAAGCAGAAGGCCAAAACUUCACAAGGUCCCGGUCUGUCAUCUACAUCCUCAAAUCUUGCUGAAUCCUUCAAUGAGCAACGUGAGAGCUCAAGUCAUCCCAUGACAGAUUCACUUCCUCAGUUCCUAGCUAUGCAAGAAACAAUGAAUCAGGUGACAUAUUGUGCAACGACGAACUUCAUGAGCAAGGAGUUAAAUACCAUGUUUGAGAAAACGAUAAAGAAGGAAUUGGCUGCAAUUGGUCCAGCCCUAGCACGUUCAGUGACACCAGUUAUUGAAAAAACUGUAUCUUCUGCAAUCACAGAGUCCUUCCAGAGAGGACUUGGUGACAAAGCAGUUAAUCAGCUUGACAAAUCUGUUAAUUUAAAGCUUGAAGCAACCAUAGCUAGGCAAAUUCAAGCCCAAUUUCAGACCUCUGGCAGGCAAGCCCUCCAGGAAGCUCUUAGGUCGGGUCUAGAGUCCUCAGUCAUACCUUCUUUUGAGAGGUCAUGCAAGACCAUGUUUGAGCAAGUAGACUCAGCUUUCCAGAAAGGGAUUGCUGAGCAUACAAAUGCAGCCCAGCAACGGCUUGACUCUGGACACUCCCAGCUUGCUCAUACUUUAAGGGAAACAAUUACUUCUGCAUCAUCAGUUGCUCAAGCCUUAAGCCGUGAAUUAGCUGAGAGCCAAAGGAAUCUCUUAGCUCUCGCAGCUGCUGGAGCAAAUUCUGGUGGGUCAAAUCCCUUGAUUACUCAACUAAGUGGCGGACAUUUGGGUGGACUUCUUGAAAAGGUUGAAGCACCUAUGGACCCAACAGCAGAACUUUCAAGGUUGAUAUCUGAACGUAAGUUUGAAGAAUCUUUCACUUCGGCACUACAGAGAAGCGAUGUCUCUAUAGUAUCAUGGCUUUGCUCACAGGUGGAUCUUCGUGGACUACUGGCGAUGAAUCCGCUUCCGCUGAGCCAAGGCGUUCUUCUUUCACUGCUGCAGCAGCUGGCCUGCGACAUCAGCAAGGACACAUCUCGUAAGCUUGCUUGGAUGACUGAUGUGGUGGCAGCCAUAAACCCAUCAGAUCAGAUGAUUGCGGUACACGCUCGCCCGAUCUUCGAACAGGUAUAUCAGAUUCUGCACCAUCACCGAAACGCACCGGGCAGCGAUGUCUCAGCCAUCAGACUGAUAAUGCACGUCAUCAACUCCAUGCUUAUGGGCUGCAAAUGAUAUCUCUCUAGCUCUUUCUCUCUUUCUUGUUCAUUGCUUAUAUAAAACAUAGGAAAACAACAACAAUCACUACUCUUCUUUGUAUCUCUUCUCUACGCUUGUUAGAUUCUGAUUUUUUUUCUUUCAGUUUUGGUUUGAAUUUUUGUAUUUCUUUUUCCAUCUUUCUUUUGAAAAUGUAAAAUCUGCUUGUUUCAUAUUAUUACGUAUACUGUUGAUUCUUCUUCACAAGAAGAUCGUAUGUAAAAGCCAAAUCAAUGUUUGGAUUAUUAAAGAUGUAA